GCAAAAUGCUUUUGCUUUACUCAUGGUUAGAUGGGUAAAUUCCCAUAAAACAUGGGUCACAUUGGGUCCGAUUCAUCCGCCAUUAACAUAAACCUCCUCUCUCUAACCUCCCGCCACUAUCCUUAGAAAACGUUUUCCUUUUGCUCCCUUUUCGGAGCAACCAACCAUGGCAGUCGCACCGCUGCUUUCACUCUUCCUCCUCGCCAUUUUUACAUUUGCAGAUGCUGGUUCAAUCGGCGUCAACUAUGGUCGAAUCGCCAACAAUCUACCAUCACCUUCCAAGGUCGUUAACCUCAUCAAAUCUCAAGGAAUCCACCGGGUUAAAGUCUACGAUACAGACCCGGCUGUGCUCAAAUCAUUAGCCGGAUCCGGCAUUAAGGUCACCGUCGACCUCCCCAACGAGCUCCUCUCCGCCGCCGCUAAAAAACAGUCGUUUGCUUACAAAUGGGUCGAACGGAAUGUCGCCGUUUACCAUCCACAUACGCAAAUCGAAGCCAUCGCCGUCGGCAAUGAGGUGUUCGUCGAUCCGAAGAAUACAACCGGGUUUCUAGUACCUGCCAUGAAAAACCUACACCAAGCUCUCGUUAAAUUUAAUCUGCAUUCCGAUAUCAAAAUCUCGUCGCCGGUUGCAUUGAGUGCGUUACAGAGCUCGUACCCGUCUUCGGCCGGAUCUUUCCGAACCGAACUCAUCGAACCCGUUUUUAAACCCAUGUUCGAACUCCUGCGUCAAACCGGAUCUUAUCUCAUGGUUAACGCUUACCCGUAUUUUGCAUACGAGUCGAACUCCGACGUCAUCUCCCUCGAUUACGCACUUUUCCGUGAAAACCCUGGUGUUCCCGACGGCGGCAAUGGUUUACGUUACUUCAGCCUCUUCGACGCUCAAAUCGACGCCGUUUUUGCAGCAAUGUCGGCGAUGAAGUACGACGAUAUCCCGUUGGUUGUCACGGAGACUGGUUGGCCGUCUAAAGGUGACGAAAACGAGGUCGGAGCUAGCGUCGAAAACGCCGCCGCUUACAACGGUAACCUGGUGAAACGCAUCCUCACCGGCGCCGGUACACCUCUCCGGCCGAAAGCAGAUCUCACCGUUUUUCUCUUCGCACUAUUUAACGAGAACAAUAAAAACGGACCGUCAUCGGAGAGGAAUUACGGUUUGUUUUACCCGAACCAGCAAAAGGUGUACAAUGUUCCGUUCACGGCGGAGGAUUUGAAAGAUUACAGAGACAAACAAUCGCCGGUGACCGGUGAUGUCGGCGGAGGUCAAGUGAGGGUUUCAACUCCAACAAACGGGUCGGUUUCGGGGCAGACUUGGUGUGUAGCAAGCGAUGUGGGAAAAGAGAGGCUGCAGGUGGCUCUAGAUUAUGCGUGUGGGGAAGGAGGUGCAGACUGCCGUUCGAUUCAACCAGGCUCCACGUGUUACGAUCCUAACACGGUAGAGGCACACGCAUCGUUCGCGUUCAAUAGCUAUUAUCAGAAGACGGGACGUGCAGCUGGAUCUUGUUAUUUUGGUGGGGCCGCCCAUACGGUAACACAGCCACCUAAAUAUGGGAAAUGUGAGUUCCCCACAGGCUAUUGAAGAAGGUGAAGGUGAAGGUGAAGGUGAAGGUGAAGGUGAAGGUGAAGGUGAAGGUGAAGGGAGUAUUUAUUAAGUGUAGAUUAGUAAAUGUUUUUGAAUUUGAUGGGUAGAUUUUGUAAUGUUGGUAGUGAGUCAGUGACAGUGGGUAUAAUUAAUUCAUUUUGGAAUUAAUGGUUAUUAUUAUGAUGAUAAUGAUAAUGAUAUGAAAUUUGUAGUAUUCAUAUAUAAUAAGACCAGUAGGUGCUUGAAAAUAAGUGGGAAUUUAGUAAAGUGGUCAACCUUCCUCCUGCUGCUGCUGCUGUUAACCAUCAAAGUUAAAGUGGUGUUUUUUUUAUCUUAAAGUUGCAUAGGAUCCUUCACUAUUUG